ACCCCCGGCCGGCCCCACGCCGCUCGUCGGGAUGAACCCCCUGACCAAGGUGAAGCUGAUCAAUGAGCUGAACGAGCGGGAGGCGACCCUCGGCGUGGCCGAGUCGGUGUCCUGGCACUCGGAGUACCGCCACAGCGCCUGGAUCUUCCUCGGAGGGCUGCCCUAUGAGCUGACCGAAGGCGACGUCCUGUGUGUGUUCUCGCAGUACGGGGAGAUCGUCAACAUCAAUCUCGUGCGGGACAAGAAGACGGGGAAGUCGAAAGGCUUCGGCUUUCUGUGCUACGAAGAUCAGCGAAGCACCAUCCUUGCCGUGGACAACUUUAACGGGAUCAAGAUCAAGGGGAGGACCAUUCGCGUGGACCACGUGGCCAACUAUCGGCCCCCGAAGGACUCCGAAGACGUCGACGACGCGACCAAGGCCCUCCGCGAGCGAGGCUGCGGGGCCAAGACGCCUCCGCCCGGUUCUUCUUCGGACUCCUCGGGGGAGGGCGGGGAGGGGGCCGAGACGCCGCCCCGGAAGCGGAAGAAAGCCCCCAAAGAGAAGAAGAAGAAGAAGAAGGACAGGGAGAAGAGGGUGAAGCGGGAGACCCCCGGGACGUCCGCGGAGGACCCGGCGCCUCCCCCGGCGGCCCUCGCCCCCCGGGCCCGCAUCAAGGAGGAGAAGGAAGACCCCGGCUACGACAGAUACGCCCGCGUGGGCGUCCAGGCGGGGGCCCGGGAAGGCCGCGGGCCCGACCCUGGCCGGGCCAAGGCGGAGCCCCGCGGCCGGGGGGAGGCGGACAGGGGGCCCAGCGCCGACGGGCGGAAGGAGAGACCCCCGGCCGACUCCCGCAAGGGGGAGAGGCGGGAGGGGAAGGGCGGGAGCCGGGACCCUCGGCCCGAGCGCUGGGAAAAGCGCCCGGAGCCGGGCCCCGAAUAAAACUUCCGGACUUGGUCCGCGCCCCGGCCGUG